AUGGACGCUAACAACACAGCCCAACACAGUGGACCAACACAGUGGACCAACACAGUGGACCAGCACAGUGGACCAACACAGUGGACCAACACAGUGGACCAGCACAGUGGACCAGCACAGUGGACCAACACAGUGGACCAACACAGUGGACCAACACAGUGGACCAACACAGUGGACCAACACAGCGGACCAGCACAGCGGACCAACACAGUGGACCAACACAGCGGACCAACACAGUGGACCAGCACAGUGGACCAACACAGUGGCCCAACACAGUGGACCAGCACAGUGGACCAACACAGUGGACCAACACAGUGGACCAGCACAGUGGACCAGCACAGUGGACCAACACAGUGGACCAACACAGUGGACCAACACAGUGGACCAGCACAGUGGACCAGCACAGUGGACCAACACAGUGGAACAACACAGUGGACCAACACAGUGGACCAACACAGUGGAACAACACAGUGGACCAACACAGUGGACCAACACAGUGGACCAGCACAGUGGACCAGCACAGUGGACCAACACAGUGGACCAACACAGUGGACCAACACAGUGGACCAGCACAGUGGACCAACACAGUGGACCAACACAGCGGACCAGCACAGCGGACCAACACAGUGGACCAACACAGCGGACCAACACAGUGGAACAACACAGUGGAACAACACAGUGGACCAACACAGUGGAACAAAACAUGUGAUAUUAAUUAGUCAGCCUUAA